CCUGAGCUGGGCGGAGUCAUUCCCCUCUCUUCCCCCUCAGUCCCCUCCUCGGAAGUAGACUCUGUCUAUGUUCCGUUAUUUUAUUUUUAUAUCUUUUUCUACAGGAACCUUUUCCACCAGGGAAGAGAAGAUGGAGGUCUGAAGAGAGGGAAGCUUCAUUCCCGUUGGCCCGAGAGGACCAGAUGAAAUCCAACUGUGGCCUGCUCCGCUUCGCAGGGGAGGUAGCUGUUCCCAGUGAGGAGGUAGGCUCGACCAGGGGAGGGAAGAAUGAAGUCCACUGAGCCCUGGGGACGCCAGAGGCUGUCUUUUCUCCUGGAAGAGGCGGCCUCUCGGGAAGCCAAGAUGUGGACGGUCAACGUGUCGAAGAAGCCCGCCUCACAGGAUGGAGACGUCUCCCCGGCCCAGCGGGACGAGGCCGUGCGCUGGUUGACGGAGCUGCACAGCAGGCUGCGGCUGUACCCAGAGACCCUGGUGUUAGCUGUUAGCAUCCUGGACCGCUUCCUAGCUCCCAUCAAGGCUCGUCCAAAGUACCUGCGCUGCAUCUCCAUGGCCUGCUUCUUCCUGGCUGCCAAGACGUGUGAGGAGGACGAGUGUGUGCCGACUCUGAAGGAGCUGGUCACCUCCAGCAGCUGUGGCUGUUCUCCAUCAGAGAUCCUGAGGAUGGAGCGGAUCGUCCUGGACAAACUGAACUGGGACCUGCACACCGCCACAGCUCUGGACUUCCUGCACAUAUUCCACGCGAUGGUGUUGUCGUGUCGCUCUGGGUUCUUGGACUCGGUGUUGGGACUGAACCGCUCUCAGCACCUCGCCCUGCUCACACAGCGACUCUACCACUGUCUGGCCAACCACACACUCGUCCAGCUCAGAGGAUCCAUGCUGGCCUUGGCCCUCAUCACCCUGGAGCUGGAGACCUGCUGCCCUGAUUGGCUGGCGCUAACCAUCGACCUGCUGAGAAGGGCACAGAUCAACAGCUCUGAGUUGAUCAGGAGUCGAGAGCUGGUGGCACGUAGUCUUUCCACACUGAGAGUUUCCCGGCCUCCGAACACUGUCUACAUCUACCACCCCCUGCAGAGCCCAACCCCCCAGGAGCCUAACCUCCCCUGCUGCACUCUGGGGACCAUCACCACCUCCACCACUGAGUCUUCCAGGGACCACGCCCUCGUCACUGCCUCCGCUGCCCAGCCACCGACACCCGCUGGAGGGGAGGAGGGGAGUCCGCCGCCUUUGAGCUCCGUCUCCUCCUCCACCACCAACAGCAGCAUCCUGGCUCUGCUCUCCCCACCCAGAAACCUCCACCUGCAGAAGGUCGUGCGGCGCUGCAAGGCCUCCGCCAAACGCAAGGUGGAGGAGAUGGAGGUGGACGACUUCUACGAUGGAAUCAAGCGCCUCUACAACGAAGACGUCAUGUCAACCAUCACCGUCCAGGAGGGGGCGACACCAAUAAGUGGAGGAGGAGGUCUGAACGUAUGCAGUGUCCUGUUAAACCGACAGGAAGGCAGCUCUUCCCCCUGCCCGCCUCUGCAGCCAGUCAGUGCCUCCUGAAGACCAAACAGGAAGCCGUUCACCCAAACCACCUCUACGCCGACAUCCCUUUCAGAAUAAAGUUCUGGUCAAAGUAUCCAAGCGGUGACCUUUAGGCUGUUCUCGUGGCGGCAGUGAUGAGCACCGCCCUCAGUAACAGGCGACUAAUUCAAAGAGAAAAUGUUUUUCAAUUCAUUGAUUUGCAUAAAAAAAGCAAUGGAGAGGCAGCUCCUCCUCAGAGGGAGGUGUCCGUCGGAGCCGCCAGAGAAAACCUAAAGUCACCGCUUUUCAUCAAACUAAUAUUAACGUUCUAUUUAAAGCUUUGAAACAGACGAUGUCAGGUCGAGGUGGUUCAGGUGUAAGUGACCCCAGCGUGACCCCGAGUCGUUCAGCUGCCCGGAGGACGUCGUCCUCGUCCCCUGCGGCAGGAAAACAGAGCACAAAAAAAGUUAAACAUCCAAAAACUAAAAAAACCUGCUGCUGCUACUUAUCUGAAUACAGAUACUUGUUGAUCACAAAUAGAAUAAACAAAAGGUCUAAAAAAAUAAUAAAUAGAAAAAGUUGCCUUCCAAAAAAAAAAGAUAAUAACCUAGAAUGACUUCUCGUUCCGUUCUGUCCUGCUGUGGAAGAAAUGUUCGUCAACUUAUAUUCGUUGUUCACUUUUAAACUUCUUUGUUUCACAUAUUUAUGUCUUUAUUGUCGUCUCCCUUCCUCACUCUGCAUGUUUCCAUGUCUAUUUAUAACUUCUCCAUAGAGUCUGAUUCAAACGUAUGAAUGUUACUGAGACGAUCCUCUGUUGUUUCUCGCCCAGAUAGAAAUAGGUUUGUUUUUAUGAAGUGCAAUUUGAUUGUUGAUCCGACGCAGAUGUGAACACGUGUGUUGGUUUUCAGCUUGUUGUGAAGUUUGACUGAAGGUUUCUCAGGUUGUUUGAGUUUCCUCCUGCAGACCAGCUUAGCUUGAGAUGUUUGGGACGUUGACCUCAGUCCAUUGCUGUGAGCUCCACCCGCCUGGCACCUCUGGGAGUGUAAAACAAACGUUACAGUUGUGCAGUCAGGGCCUUGUUCAACGAGACGACCUUGUUCUGUUAAACACAGACAUCAGGAGAUCUCGAUCAUUUCACUUUAACAUCCUCUCAAGUUGUCUUCGUCAUGGAUACUUGUUGCUAUGACAACAGCUCCAGUUAAAAACCCGUCCUGGUACACAGAACAGGGUCCUGGUCAAAGUCUGUGGGUUCUUUAUUAAAACAACCGGAGGAAAUGAAAAGUUGCAGAUAUUAUAUCCUCAUGUGAUGCAACAGCCUUGAGUUAUUGAAAGUGUUUUAAUAUUAAUCUGACAGAAAUGUGGUUUUUGUGUCUGAGCUGAUUCACAAAACAAACUCGAGUGACAAUCUUCACUUUGAUGUUUAAAAAAAAAAAAAACUGCUCUGUUUUAAUCUCGAAGUUCUGUUUAAUAUUUGUAUUCCUGUAAAAAGCUCUGUUGCUCCUGCUGCAGCGGCCGCUGGAGGCUGCUCCAGGUCCCUGAACGCACCGCGGCACCACAAAUAAACAUACAAGUAAACUGA